AUGGCGACCAAGGAGGCCAAAGAGACCCCACUGCAGCGAGAGACGCGGCUGACCGGCAAUGCAGAGCUUGUGUCUGCCAUUGACUCUACGCUGCAGGCCAUGCUGGGGCAGAAGUCGAACUCCGUCCUCGCACGGAAGGUCGUGGGCCGAUGGUGCCAGUCUGCCAAUGCCCCAGAGUUCCGGGAGAAGAUCCGGGACUACUUGGGCCGCUUAGAUGAGCAGGUGCUGCUCGGCUUCUACAUGACCAUAUCCCGUCGCAUAGAGAUGAUGGAGGCCGGCCCUGGCCAAUUGACAGAGCAGCUCGACGCCCCGGACCUGCAAGAGGGUGGGCUGCUGCGCCAGGACAAUGUGGCCAAGAUCGCCUUCAACACCCGUUCCAGGGCUUCCAAGUUCGGCCUGGACCGGAUAGCCAAACAGAAGCGGCUCGAAAGGGAGCUGAAGGCAGGGCCUGUCACGGCGGCAGCCCUGGACGCAGACCCACUCGCUGAUGCUCCGAAACCAACGAUGGCCGAGCUGCAUGCGAAGGCGCAGCGCAAGCGCAUCGCGGCAGGGAGUGGUUCGGACGCUUCCGACGACGAGGAAAAAGGGCAGCCCGAGAGACCCAAUCGAGGCCCGCGAAGCCGCAGUCGCAGCCCUGCAGCUCAGAACGGCGCUGGCAAGCGCACCAAGCAAAGCGCUGCCGAUGGCCGGACAAGUUCAGCAGAUCUCUGGGAGGCGGCCAAAGACAUCCGUGCAAAGUUGAGCAAGAUGGAUGAUACUGGCAAGAAGGAGGCCGGGCGUGGGCCCCUUGCUGGACAGCCGCUGUUCUUCAAGGGCAACAAGGCCAAAAUCAAGGAAGAAGAGGAGGUGAAGCUCGAGCCCGGUGAGGAAAAGUCCCAUGUCAAGACGCGCGACAACAAGGACUUGCAGUACCAUAACAUCACGGAGGAGGUGAUGACGAAGAACGAGAUUGAAGAGAAGAUCAAAGCCGAAGCUGAGAUCGAUGAGUACGAGGAAGGCAAGUUGGACCGCGACUGGUACAUGGCCGAAGAGGGCGGGGCUGCCCAGGGCAUGGACGAGAUGGAUCCGGUCCAGGAGGCCGAGAAGGAAGAGAAGAAGAAGCGCCAACUGGCCUCGGUCGCCCGAGUCAACAUCAGGCAGCAACAGAAGAACGAGGCCAACGAAAUGUGGGAGCUGAACCGGCUGGGAGCCAUGGGCUUGGCGGAGCGGAAGGAGGUGAACCUGGAUUUCUCGAAGGAGGACGAAGAGAAGCGCGUCGCCGUCGUGACCCGGGACACGACGCCACCCUUCCUGGAUGGCCGCAAGGUCUUCACGACGCAGACGGAAGCUGUGAGUGCUGUCAAAGAUCCGACCUCCGACAUGGCGGUCUUCUGCAAGCAGGGCUCCAAGGUGGUGCGACAAGUCCGUGAGGAGCAGGACCAGAGCAAGUUCCGCAAAAGGUUCUGGGAGCUCGCUGGCUCCAACAUGGGCAACGUGAUGGGUGUCAAGAAGAAGACGGACACCGAGAAGCAGCAGGACGACGUGUCGGACGACGAGUUUGACCCCAAGGCCAGCAACCAGUACGGCCAGGCGCUGAAGAACCAGAAGACAGAGGCCCAGUCUGAGUUCGCGAAGACCCGGUCGAUUCAGGAGCAGAGACGGAGCCUUCCUGUCUUCAAGGUCCGCGAGGAGCUCGUCGACCUCCUGCGCGAGCACAACGUCCUGGUCUGCGUGGGGGAGACCGGCUCUGGAAAGACCACGCAGCUGACGCAGUACCUCCACGAGGCCGGGUACUCGGUGAAUGGCCAGAUUGGAUGCACGCAGCCUCGCCGCGUGGCCGCGGUGUCUGUGGCAAAGCGCGUGGCCGAUGAGAUGGCCUGCGAGUUGGGCACAAAGGUGGGCUACUCCAUUCGAUUCGAGGAUUGCACCAGCGAGUCCACCAUCAUCAAGUACAUGACGGAUGGUGUGCUUCUGCGAGAAACCUUGUUCGAGCCGGACUUGGACAGAUACUGCGCGGUCAUCAUGGACGAGGCCCAUGAACGCUCCCUCAACACCGACGUCCUCUUCGGAGUGUUGCGGUCAGUAGUUGGCCGGCGACACGACUUCAAGCUCAUCAUCACCUCAGCCACCAUGGACGCUGACAAGUUUGCGGCGUUUUUCGGCAACGUGCCGGUCUUCAACAUUCCAGGCCGAACCUUCCCCGUGGAUACGUUCUACGCGAGGACGACGGCCCAGGACUAUGUGGAUGCCGCAGUGCAGCAGGCGAUCGCAAUCCACGUUGGCCAGGACCAGGGGGAUGUCCUGAUCUUCAUGACCGGCCAGGAGGACAUCGAGGCCACCUGCGUGUUGCUUGCCGACCGAAUCUCCCAGGUGGGGGAGGACGUGCCGGCCGUGUCCAUCCUUCCCAUCUACUCGCAGCUUCCCUCCGACCUGCAGGCCAAGAUCUUCGAGAGCAGCGACAGGCGCAAGAUCAUUGUGGCCACAAACAUUGCAGAGACUUCCCUUACCGUCGAUGGCAUCAAGUACGUGAUCGAUACCGGCUACUGCAAGCUGAAGAUCUACAAUCCAAAGAUGGGUAUGGACAGCUUGCAAGUGACGCCCAUCUCACAGGCAAAUGCCAACCAACGCCGGGGGCGUGCGGGGCGCACUGGCCCCGGCGCGUGUUGGCGCUUGUACACCGAGAGCGCCUUCGUCUCGGAGAUGCUGCAGAUGACCAUCCCGGAGAUCCAGCGUACGAACCUUGCCAACGUCGUGCUGCUGCUGAAGUCCAUGGGCAUCAAAGACUUGCUGUCCUUCGGCUUCAUGGACCCUCCACCACAGGACACCAUCUUGAACUCCUUGUUCCAACUCUGGAUGCUGGGCGCCCUGGACAACCUGGGUGACAUCACCACCCUGGGAAACAAGAUGGCCCAGUUCCCCCUGGAUCCUCCCCUGUCCAAGAUGUUGAUCGUGGGUGAGGAGUUGGGCUGUAGCGAGGAGAUCAUGACGGUGGUGUCCAUGCUCUCUGUGCCAUCGAUCUUCUUCCGGCCCAAGGAUCGAGCCGAUGAGAGCGAUGCGGCGAGGGAGAAGUUCUUCGUGCCGGAGAGCGACCACCUGACCUUCCUGAACGUGUACCAGCAGUGGGCCCACAACGGGUACAGCGCGCGGUGGUGCGGUGACCACUUCGUGCACCAGAAGUCGCUGAAGAAAGUGCGGGAAGUGAGGGGGCAGCUUGAAGAGAUCAUGCAGCAGCAGAGGCUGCAGCUGAACUCCAUCGGCACAGAUUGGGAUGUUGUUCGCAAAGCCAUUUGCGCGGGCUACUUCCACAACGCGAGCAAGUUGCGAGGCAUUGGCGAGUACGUCAAUCUCAGGUCACGCAUCCCAGCGAAUUUGCAUCCGACAAGCUCACUGUACGGCCUGGGCUACACUCCGGACUACGUCGUUUAUCAUGAGGUCAUGUACACCGUGAAGGAGUACAUGCAGACCGUCACAGCAGUAGAUCCCUACUGGCUUGCAGAGCUUGGCCCGAUGUUCUUCUCCGUCAAGGAGUCCAGCUCGGACUUCCAUGCGAAGCAGCGCCAGGAGCAAGAAGAGCGAAGACAGAUGGAGUACCAACAGAAGCUUCGGGACGACCUGGAACGCCAGGCAAAGCAAGAGGAGGCUGAAGCGCUCGUCCGAAGCGGUGGUCAGGUGGUGGAGGUGGGCAAGAAGCGCGCCCCACGUGACAACCUCCGGAAGCUCAAAAGCAGUGAGGGCAUGGAGCCGGAGGAGAACAAGAAAGGCCCGAAAGGCAAAACUUCCAAGCCUUCGGGGCCUUCUGCCGUGGGAAAUGACUCAGAGUCUGACAGUGCCGGAGCAAAGCGCCGUCGGGCGGCAGGGCGCAAGCCACGAGUGCGCUCAGCGUGGGCUGCCGCUGGCUGA